UGCAGGUCCCCUAGGAUGGGCGAAAGAAGGCCCUGUGCUAGCCUGUCCCCUCUGCCCACAGGCCACACUGGUCGCCUCCUCCGAGCCCUGCUGGUUUUCAGCCUCCUCUUCCUGGCUGCCCACCUGGCCUUCCAGAUAUGCCUGCACACCGUGCCCCGCCUGGACCAGCUCCUGGGGCCAAGCUGCGGCCCCUGGCAGAACGUGUCCCAGCACAUAGGGCUGACAAGGCUGGACCUGAAGGACAUCCCCAACGCCAUCCGGCUGGUGGCCCCUGACCUGGGCGUCCUGGUGGUCUCCGCCGUGUGCCUCGGCCUCUGUGGGCGCCUGGUGCGGGGAGCCCGGCCGAGCCAGUGCGCCCAGGAGCAGGACGAUGACGACAGGGAAGGGGACGCCGGCUCUCCGGUGGGGUCUCACGGAGCUCCUGUGCCGGCCCCCAAGCAGAGGUCACGGCUGGCCACCCGGUUCCAGGUGACGGCCCACUGGCUGCUGGUGGCGGCCGGGCGGACCCUGGCCAUCCUGCUGCUGGCACUGGCAGGCAUCGCCCACCCCUCAGCCUUCUCCAGCUUCUACUUCCUGGUCUUCUUGGCCAUCUGCACCUGGUGGGCUUGCCACUUCCCCAUCAGCCCCCUGGGCUUCAGCACACUCUGCGUCAUGGUGGGCUGCUUCGGCGCCGGCCACCUCGUCUGCAUCUACUGCUACCAGACGCCCUUCGCCCAGGCCAUGCUCCCCCCUGCCGGCAUCUGGGCCAGGGUGCUGGGUCUCAAGGCGCUGGUGGUCUAUCGCAACUGCUCCAGUCCCAACGCGCUGGCCCUCGACACCAGCCACGACUGGCCGGUCUACGUGAGCCCCGGCGUCCUGCUGCUGCUCUACUACACGGUGGCCUCGCUCCUGAAGCUGCGCCCGCGCCCGCCCCCGGGCCAGAGGAAGGCAGCAGCCGGGGGCGAUGACCAGCAGGAGGUGGAGCUGACUCAGGCGGACCAGUGGCCCCAGGGCCAGGGCGGGGCUGGAGCCACCAAGGAGGAGGGGGCUGCCCAGCCCGCGCCACCCGCAACCACGGGGUCUGAGUGGGAGACCGACAACUGCACCGUGCACGACCUGACCGGCCACAGCCCCGCCCUGCAGCGCCCCCUGCACCCCAGACCAUCUGAGCCCAGAGAGAUGUCUCCACUGCACGGCCUGGGCCAUCUGAUCAUGGACCAGAGCUAUGUGUGUGCCCUCAUCGCCAUGAUGGUGUGGAGCAUCACCUACCACAGCUGGCUGACCUUCGUGCUGCUGCUCUGGGCCUGCCUCAUCUGGACGGUGCGCAGCCGCCACCAGCUGGCCAUGCUCUGCUCGCCCUUCCUCCUGCUCUACGGGCUGGCGCUGUGCGGUCUGCGCUACGUGUGGGCCAUGGACCUGCGCCCCGAGCUGCCCGCCACGCUGGGCCCCGUCAGCCUGCGGCAGCUGGGGCUGGAGCACACCCGCUACCCCUGCCUGGACCUCGGUGCCAUGGUGAGGGGCCCGCUGGGGGUCAGCGUGGCCGACCCGGAGCCCACACGGCAGCGCACGCUGCUCCGGAGCCUGGGCGAGCUGCUCAAGGGCCUGUACGCCAAGUACUGGAUCUACGUGUGCGCCGGCAUGUUCGUCGUGGUCAGCUUCGCCGGCCGCCUCGUCGUCUACAAGAUCGUGUACAUGCUCCUCUUCCUGCUGUGCCUCAUGCUCUUCCAGGUCUACUACAGCCUGUGGAGGAAGCUGCUCAAGGCGUUUUGGUGGCUGGUGGUGGCCUACACCAUGCUGGUGCUCAGCGCCGUCUACACCUUCCAGUUCCAGGACUUCCCUGCGCACUGGCGCAACCUGACGGGCCUCACGGACGAGCAGCUGGGGGACCUGGGCCUGGAGCAGUUCAGCGUGUCCGAGCUCUUCUCCAGCAUCCUGGUGCCCGGCUUCUUCCUGCUGGCCUGCAUCCUGCAGCUGCACUACUUCCACCGGCCCUUCAUGCGGCUCACGGACCUGGGGCGCGCACCCCCACCCGCCGCCCCUCUGCCCCGCUGGGCUCGCAGGCAGGAUGCAGUCAGCGGGACCCCGCUGCUGCAGGAGGAGGAGGAGGAGGAGGCGGCCAGGGAGGAGGGGCUGAGCACUGUCGGCCCCCAGCAGGCCAUGCAGGUCCCUGAAGCUGCUGCCAACAAGUGGGGCCUGGUGGCCGAGCGGCUGCUGGACCUGGCUGACCGCUUCUCCGAAGUCCUCACCCGCGUGCAGGCGUUGGCCCGGCGCCUGCUGGAGCUGCACGUCUUCAAGCUGGUGGCCCUGUACACCGUGUGGGUGGCCCUGAAGGAGGUGUCCGUGAUGAACCUGCUUCUGGUCGUGCUGUGGGCCUUCGCCCUGCCCUACCCCCGCUUCCGGCCCAUGGCCUCGUGCCUGUCCACCGUGUGGACCUGCAUCAUCAUCGUGUGCAAGAUGCUCUACCAGCUGAAGGUCGUCAACCCGCACGAGUACUCCAGCAACUGCACCGAGCCCCUCCUCAACAGCACAAACCUGCAGAAGACGGAGAUCAAGCAGUCCCUGCUGUACAGGGGGCCCGUUGACCCUGCCAACUGGUUUGGGGUACGGAAGGGCUUCCCAAACCUAGGCUACAUCCAGAACCAUCUACAAGUCCUGCUGCUGCUGGUGUUCGAGGCCAUCAUUUACCGACGCCAGGAGCACCACCGUCGGCAGCACCGGCUGGCGCCGCUGCCUGCACAGGCCGUCUUCGCCGACGGCACCCGCCAGCGGCUGGACCGCGACCUUCUCAGCUGCUUCAAGUACUUUGUCAACUUCUUUUUCUACAAAUUCGGGCUAGAGAUCUGCUUCCUGAUGGCCGUGACCGUGAUUGGGCAGCGCAUGAACUUCAUGGUCAUCCUGCACGGCUGUUGGCUGGUGGCCAUCCUCACCCGCCGGCACCGCGGAGCCAUCGCCCGCCUCUGGCCCAACUACUGUCUCUUCUUGGCGCUGUUCCUGCUGUACCAGUACCUGCUGUGCCUGGGCCUCCCGCCCGCCCUGUGCCUCGAUUACCCGUGGCGCUGGAGCCAGGCCAUCCCCAUGAACUCGGCGCUCAUCAAGUGGCUGUACCUGCCCGACUUCUUCAGAACCCCCAACUCCACCAACCUCAUCAGCGACUUCCUGCUGCUGCUCUGCGCCUCCCAGCAGUGGCAGGUGUUCGCGGCGGAGCGCUCAGAGGAGUGGCAGCACAUGGCCGGCACCAACACCGACCGCCUAGAGGUGCCGCAGGGCGAGCCGGACCCCGUGCCCAACUUCAUCUACUGCAGGUCCUACCUCGACAUGCUGAAGGUGGCCGUCUUCCGCUACCUCUUCUGGCUGGUGCUGGUGGUGGUGUUCGUCACCGGGGCCACCCGCAUCAGCGUCUUCGGCCUGGGCUACCUGCUGGCCUGCUUCUACCUGCUGCUCUUCGGGCCCAGCCUGCUGCAGAAGCACGUGCAGGCCCGCCUCGUGCUGUGGGACUGCCUCAUUCUGUACAACGUCACCGUCAUCAUCUCCAAGAACAUGCUUUCGCUCCUGUCCUGCGUUUUCGUGGAGCAAAUGCAGAGCAACUUCUGCUGGGUCAUCCAGCUUUUCAGCCUCGUGUGCACUGUCAAAGGCUACUAUGACCCCACGGAGAUGCGGAGCCGGGACCGGGACUGCCUGCUGCCCGUGGAGGAGGCCGGCGUGCUCUGGGACAGCGUCUGCUUCCUGUUCCUGCUGCUGCAGCGCCGCGUCUUCCUCAGCCGCUACUUCCUGCACGUCAGUGCCGAGCUCCAGGCCACCGCCUUGCAGGCCUCCAGGGGCUUCGCGCUGUACAACGCAGCCAACCUCAAGAGCAUCGACCUGCACCGCAAGGCCGAGGAGAAGUCCCUGGCCCAGCUGAAAAGACAGAUGGAGCGCAUCCGCGCCAAGCAGGAGAAGCACAGGCAGAGCCGGGCCGGCCGCAGCCGCCCCCAGGAGCCCGCGGGGCCCCCCCAGGAGCCCGGGCCUGGCAGUCCAGGGGGCUCGUCCCCGCCACGGAGGCAGUGGUGGCGGCCCUGGCUGGACCAUGCCACAGUUAUCCACUCGGGGGACUACUUCCUGUUCGAGUCUGACAGUGAGGAGGAGGAGGAGACCCCACCCGAGGACCCCAGGCCGUCGGCACAGAGUGCUUUCCAGAUGGCGUACCAGGCCUGGGUGACCAAUGCGCAGAUGGUGCUGAGGCGGCAGCGGGAGGAGCAGGCAGGAGGCAGCCCGGGCCAGGAGGCGGAGCCAGCGGAGGGCCCAGACCAAGAGGUGGCUGGCCACGGCCAUGUGAUGCAGCGUGUGCUGAGCACCGUGCAGUUCCUGUGGCUGCUGGGCCAGGCGCUGCUGGACGGGCUCACGGACUGGCUGCGCACCUUCACGCGGCACCACCGCGCCAUGAGCGACGUGCUGCGCGCUGAGCGCUACCUGUACACGCAGGCGCUGCUCAGGGGCCAGGAGGUACACCGGGGCUUGCUGGACCAGCUGUACGUCAGGGAUGUGGAGGCGGCCCGGGAAGCACUGAGCAUGGCGUCCAGCGGGCUGGGGGCCGAGGAGCCGCUGAGCACUGCCACCGAGGACACUGGCGGCCCCCUGAGCACGGGCUACAACACCCGCAGCAGCAGCAGCAGCAGCAGCAGCGUGGAUGUGAACCCGGAGCGCAGGGCCUCUCUGCGCGGCUCCCGGGAGCUGACCCGCACCCGCACAGCCAGCGAGCUGCUCCUGGACAGGCACCUGCACAUCCCGGAGCUGGAGGAGGCCCAGCAGUUCGAGGCGGGGCAGGGCCGGGUGCUGCGGCUGCUGCAGGCCGCAUACCAGUGCGUGGCCGCCCACUCGGAGCUGCUCUGCUACUUCAUCAUCGUCCUCAACCACAUGGUCACCGCCUCGGCCACCUCCCUGGUGCUGCCCGUGCUGGCCUUCCUAUGGGCCAUGCUGUCCAUCCCCAGGCCCAGCAAGCGCUUCUGGAUGACGGCCAUCGUGUUCACCGAGGUGACCGUCGUCACCAAGUACCUGUUCCAGUUUGGCUUCUUCCCUUGGAACGCGCACGCGGUGCUGCGGCGCCACGAGAACAAGCCGUACUUCCCCCCGCGCAUCCUGGGCCUGGAGAAGACAGAUGGCUACGUCAAGUACGACCUGCUGCAGCUCCUGGCCCUGUUCUUCCACCGCUCCCAGUUGCUGUGCUACGGCCUCUGGGACCACGAGGAGGACCCGCUCUCCAAGGAGCACACCCGGGGCAGCAGGAAGGAAGCAGAGGAGGGACCAGCACCUCUGGGACCUCCGGAGGAGCCGGGGGCGGCCGGGGCCCUCACCCAGGACCACAUGCAGGCAGAAGCAGGGGACGGGCCCCCUGAGCCUCCCCUGGAGCUCAAACCCUGGGACACGAGGCGGAUCAGCCUGCGUUUCAGGAAGAGGAAGACCGAGAGCACAGAGCCCGCAGGACCCACAGCCGCUGAAGGCACGGCGGCCUCAGGGAGUGAGCGGUGGAGUCGCCCACGGGAAAGGGUGAGAGCCCUGGGGCUCCGACUGCAGAGCUGCUGCCUGGCCCUGGCCCAGAGUGCGUACCGGCCCCUGCAGCGCUUCUUCCACGACAUCUUGCACACCCAGUACCGCGCGGCCACCGACGUCUAUGCCCUCAUGUUUCUGGCUGACGUAGUUGACUUCAUCAUCAUCAUCUUUGGCUUCUGGGCCUUUGGGAAACACUCGGCGGCCACAGACAUCACGUCCUCGCUCUCGGACGACCAGGUGCCCGAGGCCUUCCUGGUCAUGCUGCUCAUCCAGUUCAGCACCAUGGUGGUCGACCGUGCCCUCUACCUCCGCAAGACCGUGCUGGGCAAGCUGGCCUUCCAGGUGGUGCUGGUGCUGGCCAUCCACGUGUGGAUGUUCUUCGUCCUGCCCGCGGUCACCGAGAGGAUGUUCAGCCAGAACGCGGUGGCGCAGCUGUGGUACUUCGUGAAGUGCGUCUACUUCGCGCUGUCUGCCUACCAGAUCCGCUGUGGCUACCCCACCCGCAUCCUCGGCAACUUCCUCACCAAGAAGUACAACCACCUCAACCUCUUCCUCUUCCAGGGGUUCCGGCUUGUGCCGUUCCUGGUGGAGCUGCGGGCCGUGAUGGACUGGGUGUGGACGGACACCACGCUGUCCCUGUCCAGCUGGAUGUGCGUGGAGGACAUCUACGCCAACAUCUUUAUCAUCAAGUGCAGCCGGGAGACCGAGAAGAAAUACCCCCAGCCCAAGGGGCAGAAGAAGAAGAAGAUCGUCAAGUACGGCAUGGGCGGCCUCAUCAUCCUCUUCCUCGUGGCCAUCAUCUGGUUCCCGCUGCUCUUCAUGUCCCUGGUGCGCUCCGUGGUCGGUGUGGUCAACCAGCCCAUCGAUGUCACGGUCACGCUCAAGCUGGGUGGCUACGAGCCCCUGUUCACCAUGAGUGCCCAGCAGCCGUCCAUCGUCCCCUUCACGCAGCAGGCCUACGAGGACCUGUCCAGACAGUUUGACCCGAACCCGCUGGCCAUGCAGUUCAUCAGCCAGUACAGCCCCGAGGACAUCGUCACGGCGCAGAUUGAGGGCAGCUCCGGGGCGCUGUGGCGCAUCAGCCCACCCAGCCGGGCCCAGAUGAAGAGGGAGCUGCACAAUGGCACAGCCGCCAUCACCCUGCGCUUCACCUGGAACUUCCAGAGGGACCUGGCCAAGGGCGGCACCGUGGAGUACUCCAACGAGAAACACACGCUGGACCUGGCUGCCAACAGUAGUGAGCGGCGGCAGCUGGCCAGCCUGCUGGAGGGCACCUCGGACCAGUCAGUGGUCAUCCGCAACCUCUUCCCCAAGUACAUCCGUGCCCCCAACGGGCCCGAGGCGCACCCCGUGAAGCAGCUGCAGCCCAACGAGGACGCCGACUACCUCGACGUGCGCAUCCAGCUGCGGAGGGAGCGCGGGGGCUCGGGGGCCGCCGGCUUCCUCGAGUGGUGGGUCAUCGAGCUGCAGGACUGCCAGGCCCAGUGCAACCUGCUGCCCAUGGUCAUCUUCAGCGACAAGGUCAGCCCGCCCAGCCUCGGCUUCCUGGCCGGCUACGGGAUCAUGGGGCUCUACGUGUCCAUCGUGCUGGUCAUCGGCAAGUUCGUGCGCGGCUUCUUCAGCGAGAUCUCCCACUCCAUCAUGUUCGAGGAGCUGCCCUGUGUGGACCGCAUCCUCAAGCUCUGCCAGGACAUCUUCCUGGUGCGGGAGACGCGCGAGCUGGAGCUGGAGGAGGAGCUGUACGCCAAGCUCAUCUUCCUGUACCGCUCACCCGAGACCAUGAUCAAGUGGACCCGCGAGAAGGAGUAGGAGCCGGGCUCCUGCACCCGGCGUGAAGGAGCCGCCUGGCGGGCCGCUGGGCUCCGCCGCCCCGGCCCAGGCCAGCAGGCCCGAUGCUGCUGCUGGAGGGAAGCUGGGGCCCCGCCUCCGCCGGCGCAGGACCCUGAGCCCCAGCAGCUGGCCUUCCCUUCCCCACGAGUACUGUAGGGUUUUCUAAUUAAAAGUAUUUUUAUUUAUAUGAC